GGCACUGCUGAGCACACGGCUCGUCCUUUCACUCGUCUGUUUUCUCCCUGUCUCUCGGCCGACCGCUCGUUCAGGGACCGGCUCUGCCGCUGAGGGGGGGGGGGAGCAUCUCUCCUGUGCCAUUGUGAAGGGAGAGAGUGGGGAUCAGCUGUGCGUGGAGGAUACACCUUUAGUUUAGUCUUUCUUUCUUUCUUCCUUUCUUCCUUUCGUUCUGCCCGUCUCCCGUCUUUGGUUCAGUGUUUUCUGUGUGACGACUGUCUGCUGUCUUCCCCCUCCCACCACAUCGCCGAAACCUUCGCAUUCACAUCCUCCAUCUCACGUGUUCCCAUUCCACUGAGCUCAAAUACUUAAUUCUCUCUCUCUCUCUCUCUCUCGCGCUCUCUCGCUCUCUCUCUCACACACACAGUCAGAUUCUCUCUCACACACACACACACACAGAAGCAGUUCUGAGCGAACAGACAGUGAGUGAAAGGGAAAGAGUGUGCGGGAGGAGUGAGCGUAUGCGUGUGCGCAUUUCUGAAGGAUCCAGCGGCUGAGGCAGCAGCGGUACUAGCGGGAUGCACACGGCUUAGCCGCCGUCCGCAAAGCAGUGAUAAGGAGCCGGGCACCCGAGUGCUGGGUCCGGCUGCCGCUCUGAAGAACUGCGUGUGCGUGGGACACAGAGGGAACUGAAGCGUUACUACAGGAAUGGAUGCAUUUUUACCGGAGCUAAACCUAUAAAGUCCCAGCACUGCAGUCUCUCUCUCUCUCUUCUCGCUCUCUCUCAUUCUCUCCCUCUCUCUCUCUCUCUCUCUCUCUCACUCUUCGAAUAGAGAGGAAGAAAGCAGUUGCUUUUGAGUCUCCCUAUGUGUCACGCAGGAUUCGCUCCGACUGUAUCGCCCCGGAUUCCGCCCGGAUUUGCCACUUCCCCCUCCGCGCCACUGAGCUCUGUCUCUCCGGGGAGAAACCCAUUCUGGAUUUACCUCCUCCGACUGGAUUGUCAUGAGCUUUUUGUUUUGUGAAAAGCCUCUAACUACGUCCUGAGGGAAAGGUACAUUCAGUAAAACUGCAGGACCACGCUCACCGGAUUCCCUUAGCAACAGCUGAAGGAGUUUAUUAAUUAAUUAGCAUUUUUUUAUUUAUGCGUGUGUUUGUGUGUCCUGCCACCCUGGUUUUGGCUGGUUGAACCUUUGCGAGGAGAUGGAUUGGGGGCUCUGAACAACCAUGAGAAGGAGGAGCAGCAGGACCGGUGAGGACAAUUGGGUCUCUGUCAUUCUGGGCUCUGGGAUCCUUCAUUUCCCCUUUCCUCUUUUCCAGAAUAUUUUUGCCCAUCUUUGCAGCAAAUUUGAAACACGAGUCUCAGAAUCUCUAUCAUUCUUCAGAAAAUGGUUUGCUCUUUCCAUGGGCUCCUACAGCUGCAGUGCUGAUAAUGUUGAUUCCACUGUCCUCCUCGCUGAGUGAGAGAUGAGUGACACCUUUCAGACGUCCCAGAAGAAAUGAUCUCGUCCAGAAACAGCUUUUGAUGUGGUUCUUGUGGAGAUCGCUGCAUUUUUAAUCCGAUCUGAUGGAACAAGAGCAGGAUGUGUAGCACUACGUGUAGCAUCUUCUGAGUUUUCUUUUUUUACUUUAUUUCUUUUUUUUGUACAUUUUCAGAGCCCAUACUAAGGGCUGGUAUUUGUAAAUGGAAAUCUUACCCUGCUGACAAACGAUAAUGUAAAACAAACCCAGUCAAACAAUCGAGGAACUGCUUGGAUCUCUAUUUUUCUAGUAGAAAUGGAUAUUCUAUUUCAGACAGGUCACCAUGAAAACCUUGUGCCUGUCAACCAAUGACGUCGUUCUUACUUUUCCAAAUAAUUACUUUAAAGUGAUUUUAAGGGCAAAGAUGACAUGGAAAAAGGCAAUUUCAAAGUAGACUAGCGCUUCUACUGUAAAUCUCCACACAGAGACACGCACAGAUGAGAGGGCUGUCCGUUUCAUCAUCCUUAUCAUACACGGUUUUCUUAAUUUCUGCUUUUUCUUUUCUUUUCUAACACGCCUAGUCCAGAGCCGUUUGUGCCCAUUGUUUUGUCCUCUUGUCGUUUUUUUUAUAAUUUGGUUUCACUGGUUAAAAAAAAAACCCCAUGGAUCUACAGGAGUAAACCGCGCAUCUCCACAGGCAGGACGAGCUCUUUUGGCUGCCCAGGUGCUUUUUAAGAUGUUGAGAUCUCCCUGCAUCCCCGGGGCUCCUGUGGGGAUCAGUAGUACCGUGGCUCCUGGCGGCCAGAGACAUGGACCCCGACUCGGCUCCCCCCCGAACACAGCGUGCCGCCCCUUGGCCCCACGUCGCCCUGUGAAGGAUGUCCCACAGUGGAGCUCCGGGCCAGGACACCUCUGAGACCCCCAGCCAGAGAGAGCAAAUCCGCAGCCACAUGAAGAUGGUGAUCAACCAGCUGGAAGGCAUUCUCACUGAGCUCAAGGAUGUGGCCAAGGAGCUUCGGGAGGUUGUGGGUCAGAUCGAUAAGUUGACAGAAGACUUUGACUUUGACCUGGAGCCGGACGACUGGACCGUGGGCACCGUGAGCAGCACGUCCAGCAGCGAGAGGGGGCUCAGCGACACCUUCAGGCUGGACCUCUUCAACCCGGACGUGCUCUCUGACAGCUGGGACUUCUUCCUGGAGGCCCCGUCUCUGGGUUCCUCCUCGACGCCGAAGCCGACAGCGUCGCGCCCGGGGGAACCCGAGCCGGGGGCGGAGCCUGUGUCCAUGGCGACGGCAGCGGCGACCCCUUACUCGCAGAUGAACGGGGGCCUCCCCAUCCCCAACGGCCCGCUGGUUGUGACCCCCGACUCGUCGAGCGAAGAGGCCACCAGCUCCACCUACAGCCACAAGACCUCCCGGACCUCCGGAACCAGGGAGCGGGUCCGAUUCAGCGACAAGAUCCUCUACCACGCCCUGUGCUGCGACGAUGACGAUGAGGAAGAGGGGGAGGAGGGCGGCCAGGCCACGCCCGACAGUGAGCUCAGCCCGCCCAUCACCUCGCCCACGCCUACGCCCUCACCCCCCGAACACGCUCUCCACAACUGUCUGGACUCUUCCUCCCUCCCCGCUCCCGUAAGGGCCGGGAGGGGGCAGGGGGCGGUGGGCACCCCCGCUCCCCCCAGAAAAAGCCUCCUCAACCCCGGCUGCCGGAAAAAACUGUUGCGGAACAGCAGCACGCAGACUGUCUCAGACAAAAGCACCCAAACUGUACUGCCCUACAUCCCGGUGAAACAGAAAUCUAAGGACCAGCACUGAGAAUCGACAAAAAGGAAAAACUUUAACACAAUAAAUGAAGAAAACAGACUCUGUACUAUUUAAUAUUAAAUACAUAGAUAAUAGAUUAAUACAAAGAAAUACGUUACUUACUAAAUAAAUAAAUGAUAUAUGGGAAAUUGCUUGCCUUCAUAACGUCAUUCUGAGCCUCAGGGAAACCAAAACAACUUCUGUAAUUGUUCUACUGGAGAAAACAACCAUUUGCUCACAAUAGUA